AUGACAAACCGAGCGACUCUGCUGUGGCUGAUCUUUCUGAUCUCACUGCUGAGCUGCACAACAAACCAAGCUUGUCUGACUGUGAGUCCCAGCAGCUCUCAGUUCUUUAAAGAUGACUUUGUGUCUCUGAGCUGUGAGGAGAACGACAGCUCUGCUGGAUGGACUCUGAGGAGAAACACGAGCAAGCGGCAGAGGAUUCAGUGUGGAGACGGGUGGGGAAAACCAGCUGGUUCUUCCUGUAACAUCAGCUACAUUGACCCAUUAGAAACUGGAGUUUACUGGUGUGAGUCCAGAGAGGGUGCCAUCAGUAACAUGGUUAACCUCACAGUCUCUGGUGGAUCAGUGAUCCUGCAGAGUCCUGUCCUCCCUGUGAUGGAGGGAGAUGACGUCACUCUGCUCUGUCAAACAAAGACCACUCCCUCCAACCUCCCAGCUGCUUUCUAUAAAGAUGGCUCCCUCAUCAGGAAGCAGCCUACAGGUCACAUGACCAUCCAGCAUGUUAACAGGUCUGAUGAAGGCCUCUACAAGUGUGAGAUCAGCGGUCAUGGAGAGUCUCCAUCCAGCUGGAUCACUGUCACAGGUAGACCUGCAACCACAACCAAUUCUGGACUCUUACCCUCUGUAACACCCCUCCUGCAUUUUGAUUUUACACUGAUGCGCUACCUGGUGGUUUUCUUUCCGUACUUCAUCUCCACUAUCCACAUGCUGUCUUUAUAUCGACGCAGAGCCACAGGAAAUGACCUGCCUGUCUCUAUGGUAAAACCCCAGUCCACACAGGCAGGGGACAGAUUGGAUCAUGACUAUGAUGAUGUCACUAUAGAGCAUCACUUCUGAAUCUGCCUCCAUGUUGAUGGGAAGAUCUUUAAAA